UAUUGAAGGGAACACCCCGUUCGUGGCACUGUUCAAUUAUUCGAUUGACGCUAGAAAAGGAACGACCGACUUCGAGACGGUCGUCCCCUUGGGGACCGUGAUGAUUGUGAAAAAUCCCGUCUUCAGAAAGAUCUUUCCCGGAAAUUUACCAAACGUUGGAGUAGUCGCUGAGAAUCCGGCGGAUGUCGAAUUGCUCAGUCCGAAGAGAAUGAAAACGCUUUUUCCAGGUGUCAAAUGGAAGUGUCCUCUGCGUUUUCGAGAGAUUAGAUCUCCCCUCGUCUGGGAAUUCGCUCCUGACCAAAGUGACUUCGAGAUCGCUGUCCAUUUGAAGAAUGUGGGAAACAAGGCCUUCCUCGAAAACCGGGCAACCGAUGCGAUCCGAUUCUACAAACUUGAAAAUUAUAAGUUAUACACUGAAAAAAUUCUGGGCUUCAACAAUGGUGACGCCAAGGCAGUCUACUGUCACGCCAAAGCUCUCAUCGGACUUCGACGGUACUCUGAAGAUCAAUCCUCCCUUACCUGGGAAAACCACCGGGAAAAGAACUUAUCGCCGCGUUGCGACGACCAGGGCCGCCAAAUAAGAUUAAAGCUCCACCAAAUUUACCGGCCCGGAUGGCGGAGCGCAUUUCUGAAUACCGCGGCCCCCUUCGACUCGGACCAAGCAGCAUUGGCGAGGGGGAAGGAUUAUUUGCCACGCAAGAUCUCGCGGUUGGAACCGUUCUCCUUGUUUGCAAACCCUUCGCCGGGUUGUAUGUCAAAUCCAAGGACACGAAGGCAUUUUCAGAGAAUGCGUCCCCCCACGAAUAUCUUGUCGGCACGAUGGCUAACAAGAUCUGGCUGGAUCCUCAACUUGGUCGUGAAAUUUACACCCUUUGGGCUGGACCGGAACUGAAAUCCUUGAAGGAUGAUGACCCCAAAAUUACGAAGGUGGACAUUGAUCGAAUUACGAAGAUUUACCAUGCUAACUUUGCGAGAGCGGAUGCCGACGCCUUCAUUUCUUGCGGUGUUUGGAUCCCCCCGUCCAAAAUUAAUCAUAGCUGUGUGGACGCCAACGUUAUGAUUGGUCACCAUGAGACCAGCCUGGUCAUGACGGUCACUACGUUCAAAGAGGUGAAAAAUGGAGACGAAAUCGUGGCGAGCUAUGUCGACCCAGUGCGGCCGUUUCCGGAGAGAAAUUUCAUGGAAAGUCAUGGAUUUAUCUGCCGAUGUCGCCUCUGCGAAUUGGAGCGAUCCGAAAGUGCCGCUGUAAGCCUGCAGAGAGAAAGACUUCUGAGAAGUCUGACCGUCAAUCCGGACAGAUAUCUGAGUAUGUACUUUCUCAGACUCGACUUGCAAACCAUCACGGCCUUGAAAGAUCUUCGUGCCGCCUCGCCCGACCUCAAUUUUGCCCUGACGCAUUCCGAAAUGUCUAAAAUUGUGGCAACCGUCCUGCUACGAGGAGAGCGUUGUGAGCCAUGUUUCCUCCUUUUGGAGACAAUUUACAGUGUCAUCGGAAACAUCCCGCCCAACUAUGUGGCUCAUGCCUAUGCCGAAACUAUUUUGAUUUGUUGUAUGAAACUUGGCAAGGAAAAGGCUGUCCUGGAAAAGUGGGUGGAAGAAGUGCGGAAAUAUUGUCGUCUUUACGCCGAGUGUGGAACAUGUUCGGGCAGGAAAUUACCCAACAAUUCCGGAGGAUUUGAAAACAUUUGGGAUUGAAUUCUUCAACGAGGAGACGGAUUAAUUAAGUGUGGAUGAUUAUUUCAUAUUUAAAUUUUCCAAUAUUUCUAUAGUUUGGUUUGUCGUUCAUUUUGCUUUGGACAGUUUAAGUUUGGUUUGAUGAUUUGAUAUGGAAUUAGUAAUUAAAUUGACUUGCUUAUGUUGCAGACAUA